GGAAAAGGGUACAGAGGAACCAGGAACUACAAUCAGGCAUGCGCACUAGGCUGGUCUCCCGCCGGAAAUACUCCUGGGACUUUCCAGCUCGCCCCCCCCUCCCUCACUUAAACUGAUGCAGACGCUCGGGACGCCGGCGUCAACGUCCCAAAGGGAGGAGGGCGAAGACUCCAUCCGCCAUGUUGAAUACCGCAGAUUCGCCAUAACCUCGCCAGCUCUUUUUAAAAAAAAAAUAAAAUUGGAAAACAAGUCGCUAGCGGAGAGUCCAGCCUUCCCACUCUGCACGGAAGGGACCCGACGUUAUUUUUUUUAGCUCCGAAGGGGCGUUGCUAUGGAGACGCAAGCUGCCGAGCAACAUUCCAUCUUCAUGUGUAAAUUUUGUAAUUUAUUCUCACCAAGUCAGUCGGAACUACUUUCACAUGCAUCUGCAAAGCACAAAGAAGAAGGAGUUAAUAUUGAUGAUAUCAUCAUUCCACUCAGGCCACUUACUACUACUGAAUCCACCAAUCAGCACAAAAGUGGAGAAGAGCUUUUGGUAGUGAAGAGAAAACGGGGAAGACCAAAAGGCUCAACUAAGAAGCUCUGUCCUGAUGAGGAAUCAACUGAAAAUACUAACUGCAGUCUAAAUGAAGAAAAUCAGCUGGCUUCCCCUGAAGGAAACAGCCUUCCUGAAGUUCCUGAAGUGGUGCCCAGCAACUUGGAAUGCAGUAAAUGUUGUCGGAAAUUCUCCAACACUCGCCAACUAAGAAAGCAUAUCUGCAUUAUUGUUUUGAAUAUAGAAGAGGAAGGUGAACCAGGUAAUGAUUCUGAAGUUGAACUUGAUAGGAAGGAGAAAGAAGAUGAGCGAGAAAAGGUACCUAAAAGAUCACGGACACAGAAGGCAGAGAAAGUCCAAAAAAUCUCAUCAGGAAAGGAGACAGUACAGUUAUCAGGAGCAAAAAAGCCCAUUAUAAGUGUGGUUUUGACAGCACAUGAAGCAAUUCCAGGUGCCACAAAGAUCGUCCCAGUUGAAGCAGGGCCACCAGAAACAGAAACAGACAAUAGCAAGGCCACCAUCCCUGAUCUAGCUCACCGGAGAGGGUACCAGGAAUAUGCGAUUCAACAAACACCAUACGAGCAGCCAAUGAAGUCAAGCAGGUUAGGUCCCACUCAGCUCAAAAUUUUCACUUGUGAAUACUGCAACAAAGUGUUCAAAUUUAAGCACUCCCUCCAGGCUCAUCUGAGAAUCCACACCAAUGAAAAACCUUAUAAGUGUUCUCACUGUAGCUAUGCCAGUGCCAUCAAAGCCAACCUCAACGUCCACCUCCGGAAGCACACGGGGGAGAAGUUCAGUUGUGAUUACUGCGUGUUCACCUGCCUGAGCAAAGGCCACCUCAAAGUUCACAUUGAGCGCGUCCACAAGAAGAUCAAACAGCACUGCCGCUUCUGCAAGAAGAAGUACUCAGACGUCAAAAAUCUCAUCAAGCACAUCAGGGACACUCAUGACCUCCAGGACAAGAAAGUGAAGGAUGCUUUUGACGAGCUCCGCCUGAUGACCCGGGAAGGCAAGAGGCAGCUUCUCUACGACUGUCACAUCUGUGAGCGCAAGUUCAAGAACGAGCUAGACCGUGACCGGCACAUGCUGGUCCACGGGGACGAGUGGCCCUUUGCCUGUGAGCUCUGUGGCCACGGGGCCACCAAGUACCAGGCCCUUGAGCUGCAUGUCCGCAAGCACCCCUUUGUGUAUGUCUGCUCUGUCUGCCUGAAGAAGUUUGUUAGCUCUAUACGCCUCCGCUCCCAUAUCCAAGAGGUGCAUGCAGCCUUACAGGAGGCUGUGGUUUUCAAUGACUCUAUCAAUCAGAGUUUCUGCCUUCUAGAACCUGGUGGUGACAUCCAGCAAGAAGCUGUUGGAGAUCAGCUGCCUCCAGCAGGAGGUGAAUUGGAGUUCCAGGCUGAAGGCCCACAAAAGGAAGCCACCAGCCCUGAGGAAACAAGCAAGGAAAAUGAAGGCAGGAGCAUCAGCCAUGUAGAACUCUCUGCCGCUGCUUCUCUGGACUUGGAGAUUCCUCAGGGAGUGGCAAAUGUAACGGUGCCAUCAAGUGAGCUGGCAACCGAAGUAGCAACCCCUGAACUCCAUUCACAGGUGGUUUCAGAAGAUUUUCUGCUGAAAAAUAAUACCUCCGAUCCUGCUGAGACUCAGGCCCCUUCUAAAAAUGACCUGCAAGACCAGCCUGGAAACUCAGCUAAUACUAUUCAGGGUGAAGAAAUAACACUACUGUUGCCCAGGGACAAAAAUUCUGAGCCAAAUCAGGAGAAUACCAGUACUGAGAACCCUGUAGCCGAAGGAGAAAAUAUAGUUGCCCUUUCCCUUACUGAACUGGAAGCGAGAAAGUCCCCUAAAACAAACCCAGCCCAAGCCACAGAACCUUCUUCAGCAGCCACCAGUAGUGAUUCACGUGUCAGUACCCAGCCUGAUUCUUCUACUACUCUGCCUUCAGAGCAUCAGACUAGAACUGCUGCAUUCAUGCAGGUCUUGAACAACUUACAAAAGAGACAGAUGAAUACCAGCAUGUGUGAGAAGAUCCGAAAGGUCUAUGGGGAUCUGGAGUGUGAAUAUUGUGGUAAACUUUUUUGGUAUCAGGUACAUUUUGAUAUGCAUGUCCGUACCCACACUCGAGAACAUCUGUAUUAUUGUUCCCAGUGUAAUUAUUCUUCUAUCACCAAAAACUGCCUUAAACGCCAUGUAAUUCAAAAACAUAGCAACAUCUUGCUGAAGUGUCCCACUGAAGGCUGUGACUAUUCAACUCCAGAUAAGUAUAAACUACAGGCGCAUCUUAAAGUUCACACUGAGUUGGACAAAAGGAGUUAUUCUUGCCCAGUAUGCCAAAAGUCAUUUUCAGAAGAUAGGUUGAUAAAAUCACACAUUAAGACAAACCAUCCUGAAGUCUCCAUGAGCACCAUCUCUGAGAUUCUUGGCAGAAGGGUUCAACUCAAAGGACUAAUUGGAAAGAGAGCUGUAAAGUGUCCAUAUUGUGACUUUUAUUUUAUGAAGAAUGGAUCAGAUCUUCAACGUCAUAUCUGGGCUCACGAAGGUGUGAAACCAUUCAAAUGUUCAUUAUGUGAGUAUGCUACUCGCAGCAAGAGUAACCUCAAGGCUCAUAUGAACAGGCACAGCACUGAGAAAACACAUCUGUGUGAUAUGUGUGGUAAGAAAUUCAAGUCAAAAGGAACACUGAAAAGCCACAAGCUCUUGCACACUGCUGAUGGUAAACAGUUUAAGUGUACAGUAUGUGACUACACAGCUGCUCAGAAGCCGCAGCUCCUACGCCACAUGGAACAGCACGCCUCCUUCAAGCCUUUCCGUUGUGCACAUUGUCAUUAUUCUUGCAAUAUAUCUGGUUCUCUGAAGAGACAUUACAAUAGGAAGCAUCCCAAUGAAGACUAUGUCAAUGUAGGAACUGGAGAACUUGCUGCUGAUGCCCUGAUACAGCAAGGUGGCAUAAAGUGUCCAGUUUGCAGCUUUGUUUAUGGUACUAAAUGGGAGUUCAAUAGGCAUUUGAAGAAUAAACAUGGGUUGAAAUUAGUGGAAAGUGAUGGUGACACUAAAUGGGAGCUAACAACAGAAAUUUCUGAGGAAUCAUCCACCCAGUACCUUCAUAUCACAGAAGCUGAAGAAGAUGUUCAAGGAACUCAGGCAGCUGUAGCAGCUCUACAGGACCUCAGAUAUACCUCAGAGAAUGGUGAAAGACUUGAUCCCACAGCUGUGAACAUCCUUCAGCAAAUUAUUGAGCUGGGAACAGAGACCCAUGAUGCUGCUGCCGUUGCCUCUGUGGUUGCCAUGGCACCAGGAACUGUGACAGUUGUGAAACAGGUGACCGAGGAGGAACAGAGCACCAACCACACCGUGAUGAUCCAGGAGACUCUCCAGCAAGCCUCGGUGGAGCUGGCUGAGCAACACCACCUGGUUGUGUCUGCUGAUGAUGUGGAAGGAAUUGAGACAGUGACCGUCUAUACCCAGGGGGGAGAAGCCUCUGAAUUCAUCGUCUAUGUGCAGGAGGCCCUGCAGCCGGUGGAAGAACAGACUAUAGAGCAUCCAGCCCAGGAUAUCUAGAGAACCAGGGGUUCACCCAUUUAGGGCCAAUUGAGACCUCCCAUUUUACCUGGAAGCCUAGGGGGGUGACGAGCCAGCAGUCACCUGACAGUGCCUCUCGUGGGUCCCUGGUGGAUGCAGAUUUGGAAAAUCGCCCAGCGCUUGCAACAUUUUCCACCUCCUUAUCCCCUCCUGCACCAGCAUUUCCUACAUGGUACUACUAGAAACUAGUCUGACUAUUGAUGAAUUAGUGACCCAUCUGCCUCUCUGGGCAGCUGCUUACUCCUCGCCUUGUAUAGCUUGCUUCUAAAAAGACUUAUGCACAAUACCCAUUUCCCCUCUGUGCCACCUAAAAGGGAACAAAAUGCUCAUUUUUAUUAUGAGAUGUAUUUUAAGAGAAAACUUUCAACCCAAAUCAGAAUCUGCCCAUAAUCUCCAAAUAAAUCCUCAGCCAGAUGGUAGAUCCCUGUAUAAUAAACCCAUUUUCUCUCCAGAGUUAUCAAAGAGAAGAUUCUCCUGUGGAGAGAGAACCACAAUACUAAGACAAAGUGACCUUAUGGAGAGAAGAUGAAUUUUGAAGAGCCUCAUUGAAGGGAAGGGGGAAUGGGGUGAGGGAGGGAAUGUUCCUAUUUUAUCCAUAAAGUUCCAGCUCAACUCAAGCAGAUCGGACAUUUUUAGCAAGUAAAUAGAGCACAGAGCAGAAUUACUCAACCUUUCACACCUACAAGUGUUUUUUCUAAUUCUUCUUCUUGAAAUUAUCUUGCUUCUUUCCUCUUUCUCCCUUCUUUUAAAUGCACCUUUAGAACUCCUAGCUAGUAGCAGCAGUGGUGGUGAGAAGGGUAAAUCAGGAAAGCAAUGUAAGUGGAUAAAUAUUUUUCUGGAUAUUUUCCUGUUUCUCAUUUAAAUCAUGGUAGCUUCAAUUUUAUACUUUAUGAUCCCAGUCUUAGAUUUUAGCAUCAAAUGCAAAUGGUACUUAUCCAUUUCCCAGAUACUUGAAAAGCAAUUCACUAUUAUUUUAUUUCUAUUAAAAAAUUCAGAUUUAUUGUUUUUGUUUUUUGGUUUUUUUUUUUUUUUUUUUUUUUUUUUUUUUAGGUUUAUAAUCUUUCUUUCUAGUUCCCUGUGCCCGGUACAUUAUUUGCUACCUCCAAAGGAAUGAAAAUGCACCUUUCUCUAACACUAUUUGAAAACAACAAUAAAUUGACUGUACAAAGACUUUGUUAUGCUU